UGAAGACCAGAGCACAACCUCCCAAGCACACUUGUGUGUCCCCCUUGCACACUGAUCAGCAAUAGCCAACAUCUCCAAAUUCCUCACACCGGCCAGUUGGCGCCCUGCUGCUUUGAACUCACAACGCGCCAAAGAUGGCAGAAGAGAGUCCAAAGCACAAGCCUUUGUCUCUUUUUUUUAAAGGCUGUGGAUUCCUAAUAGUUUAUGAGCUGGGAGUGGUGAAAGCUCUGUGGGAACUGGCACCUGAGAUACUGAGAUCAGCAACCAAAAUCUAUGGAUCAUCAUCUGGGUCCAUUGUGGCCUCGAUAGUGACUUGUGGAUGUGAGCUAGAUGCAGUGUUUGAGGACUGCUGCACAAUUGUGAAAGAGGUCAGAAAUGUCAUGCUUGGCCCUAUAUCUCCAAAUGUCGAUUUACUUCUAAAACUACAGAAGUUGCUAUAUAAAGCCCUCCCAGAUAAUGCCCACCAGCUGGCUUCAGGGAGGCUGCACGUUUUGCUCACUCGUGUAUCAGACAGACAGAGCGUCGUGGUGUCAGACUUCGGGUCGAAGGAGGAGGUCAUUCAGGCAGUGAUCUGCAGCUGCUUCAUUCCUGCCUAUACUGGGUACAUCCCUCCCUCUUUCCAGGGCGUGCACUAUAUUGACGGAAACUUCAGUAGCCCAGAGCCUUCAUUCUACACAAAGACCAUGAUUAUAGUGUCUGCUCUUGCAUUUGACAAUGACAUCUGCCCAAGGGAUAAGCCAGGCACUUUCUUCAGUUUUUACAGUUUUCAGCAGCAAUUUCAGAUACAACUAGAAAACCUCCACAGGGUAGUCUGUUGUUUUUUUCCACCCAGCUAUCCGGUGAGUAGCCAUCAGGAGUCAAUGCAACCUCAGACUUACCUUCUACUGUGUGCGUGGAACAAGCACUGUUUACAAGCCUGA